UAGAGCAGACGCACUUAAAGAGUAUUAGACUGUAUUAAGAGGGCCACUAAGAAGCACAAAUACGAGUUGAAAACAUCAUAGUUGUAUGUGAUGUACAAAACAAAGAGGAACAAGAGCGUUGAUGGCCUGAACAGACCUAAAAUCAAGAUGGAGCCGAAAUUACACGGCUUGUCUGUCACGAUAGCAGGUCCCCUCGAAUCAUUUUUGACAACGACAUGCACUGUAGCGUGUACGUUGUGUGCGACUGCAGAAGCUGAUAAUAUAACACGGCAAGAUAACUUCCAGAUACCACUAAACUUAAAUCUGAUUUUUGUCAUGCAUACCCUUGUUGUUUUUUUUUUUUUUCAUUUUCAUGUCAUUAUCUUGUCAACAAAGAUCAGAAUAUGAAGAAGUCUGUCAACAACGUGGGAGUGGUCGUGGGUUUCCGCCGGACUUAGUCCGGGUUGCUCACACCAUUAUGCUGGCUGCUGUCAUUCAAAUAAAGUAUUCAUGGCAUGAAAAAACGGGGUGUACUAAAGAAGAAUGUGGGCAUAAUAUAUAGUACAUGCCGAGUGUAGCAUGGAUUUAAGGCUAAUCAUGGUAGCCUCCACAUUUUACGGGUCACUAACGAUGAGAUUAUCAUAAAAGAUACUUGUGGCCGAAAAAAUAAUAGUGAAAGAUGAAAAUUGUUCUGCAGCCCCAACAAAUUUUCUCAAAUCUUCUACUGGCCCUGAUAGCUCGGCAGAGCGUCCACCCCUGAUGAGGUAGAUCCAGAGCAUGUCCUGGGUUGCAUCACACUUAAGACCUUAAAAGAGGAAGUAACUUCCUAGUUUGGUGUUCAUCAUUAAGGGGAUAGUGUAACAGCUGGUUGAUUCAUAUCAGUAUAAUGGCUCGGGCGGGUCGGAUUACUUGCCUUAGUGUUGAAGUGUUGAUGACUUUGCCAUGGACGAAAUUGGAGACCUGACAACUGAUGUAGCCGUAUCCUUGGCAUCAGAAGUGGGUGUGACCUUACAGGUAGAUGGUAACCAGGAUGACGUAGCAGAGGGAGGCCUUCAUACUGUUGAAGGUCUGGUGGAAUCUGUUGACCCCAGUGACCCUGGCACAGAGGCACAAGUCAGCCUAUCAGGGUCAGAUAUUCAUUCUGUGUCAAUAACCGAUUCUAAUGCACAAGAGGCAAUAGGGAUGUUGCUACAAUCACAGCAAGAACAGGAUGAGUCUAACAGGGCUCAGAGUAUAGACAUCCCUGAGGGUGCCAUGCUUAGCCCUGACAGCCAGGAUUUGAUGCAAGCUGUAACACUAGCUGACGGCACCACUGCCUAUAUACAGCAUAAAAAAGGUGCUAAGAAGUUUUUAGAGGGACAGGCAGUCACAUUAGCAGAUGGAUCCACUGCAGUUGUUCAAGUUACAAACCAAGUAAAGGAAAUCCAAGCUCCAGUUCAGGCUGAAAUAACGGGUACAAAAUUUGAAGAUGGACAGGCUGUGCAGCUGGAAGAUGGAACCACAGCAUUUAUACAUAAUACACCAAAAGAAGGCCUGCAGGCAAUCCAGUUAGAAGAUGGGACAACAGCAUACCUGUCCCAGUCUGUAGCAGAAGGGCUUUUUGCUGAAGCAGCUACUCUGGACUCCACAAACAUUCCACUAGAGCAGUUAGCCACUCAGAUGCCAGCAAAGGUAGAACAACAAGAGGGAGCUUCAACUCAGCAAUCUUUUGAAGAAUCACCGAGGCUGGCAAUUAUCACAGCUACUCCAGCAAGUUUUUCCCCAGAAAAGGCUCUUGUGAUGACAGAUAAAGCAAUCAAGUGUGGAUUUGAGGGCUGUGGUAGAUUUUAUACAACAACCCACCAUUUAAAGGUACAUGAACGUUCCCACACGGGUGACCGCCCGUUCAAAUGUGAACAUGGAAACUGUGGUAAAGCAUUUGCUACUGGCUAUGGGCUGAAGAGUCAUACGAGGGUGCACACAGGGGAGAAACCUUACAAAUGUACAGAUGAGAUGUGCAACAAAGCCUUCAAAACAUCUGGGGAUCUACAAAAACAUGUCAGAACACACACAGGAGAGAGGCCAUUUAAAUGUCCUUUUGAGGGUUGUGAGCGUUCUUUCACAACUUCUAACAUUCGUAAAGUUCAUAUCCGGACCCACACAGGAGAACGACCUUACAUCUGUAAUGAAAGAGGGUGUGGCCGAGCAUUUGCUAGUGCCACCAACUAUAAGAACCACAUACGGAUACAUACAGGUGAAAAACCGUAUGUGUGUACAGUGCAGAAUUGUGGUAAGCGCUUCACGGAGUACUCCAGCCUUUACAAACAUCACGUGGUCCACACUCACUCCAAACCAUACGAGUGUAACCACUGUGGUAAGAACUACCGGCAGACCUCCACAUUAGCUAUGCACAAACGCACGGCCCACAACGAGGAGAUUAGUCCCGAGGCUGAGGCGGAACUAUUCGCUCAGCACGCUGAAUUGGGGGACAUAGGAGAGAUUCCUAACAAGCGGGCGAGAAUUGAGUUCACACUGGCUAGCCCCUCAGGGUUGUCUGAAGGUACCCCAGGGCAGUCUGGGGACCACGAAGGUGCGAUGGUGAUCAACACCUCCCAACAGAUCACCAUGGUAACCACUAAUGGAACAACAGCAGUGGGAGAAGACCAGACCAUGUCUACAGCUUUACAGGCCACUCAGCAAGCCACACAUGUGACUCUACAACAACUACAACAGUCAGGGCUUGCUGGUGUCAGUAUGGGGGAAGGUGGGCAGAUCUAUGUUGUGACAGACCCGUCUCAGCUCGAGGCUUUACAGCAUUUAGCAGUCCAGCAUUUAGAACUUCACCCAACGGGUACUAUAGAUGGAUCUGAGGCUGUCAGUGUGAUAUCUGAUGCACCACCUCCCGGGGCUAUCAUUGUGGCCUCGGCUGACAACCCUACCUUACUACAAGAUACAGAGACAGGAGAGUAGGCACCAAAACACCAAAGCUACAGAUUAUUAUAUGUACACUUAGGGUUAAAACAUGUAUAUUACUGCACCAGUAGAUGUAUGUAAUGAGAAUUGUUACCGACACGAAAUUUUACGACUUUCUUGUACUUAUGUCGUGUUGAAAGAUGGUUUGUUUCAAUGGGUAUAAUAAUGGUUAUUAUUUAAUGCUGAUAUAAUUUUAUUUAAAAAAAAAACAAACUUGUUUUCAGUAACAGAUGUUGGGUUAAAUUUAAAUUUAAACAGAUACAACCCAAAUUACCACUUAUUAAUUUGCCACAACAAAGUUCUGUGUGUAGCUUUUCCUUUUGGCUGGAAAUAUUUUGGGGAAAGAAUAAUUUUCUCACUAUUGCAGGAGAUGGGUUUUGCCUCAUAAAACUGAUCUUAAGAAUGGCCUGAAGUGUUACCAAAUCUGGCAAAUCGUUGCUUUUAUUAAGACAGUGUAUUGAAUCAUAGUUUGUGAAGUAGGAUAUUUCUGUGUCAAACAAAUCUGUGGAGAGAUAAGUUUUUUUAUAACUUCUCAUAAAUCAUGUUGCUUUAUGGCACUAUGACCUAGACAACUUCUUUUACAAAAUAGGUUUCAAGAAAUGUACUUCAUGAAGUUUUUUCUGAAAUAGGCCAGCCGUCCAUUCCCAUCAGUAAAUAUGAGCCAUCCAUAGACACAGUUUUCAAUCUAACUUUGGGUGUGAAUAUUCAUUAUUGCGUACUAUUUCACAAUUGGUUAUUUAAAACACGAGUUUUCAAGAUGUAUAUGUACACAAUUGAAUGUUUCAUAAAUUCAUUUUUCAGUGUACUUUAGUACAGAUGCUACUACCAGUUGCACAGAGUAAUUAAUUAGAUAAUGCUUACUGGUGGUUUGUGGCCCCAGAAUUUCAAAUUGCGAUAUACAUUUACAAUGUAGGUGUUUGCCUGAAGUUAACAGUUACAUGCUUUCAGUUCUCACUCAUAGGGUCCCAAAAUAAGCAUUUAGUUCACAUUUCAUAGUUGAUUAAGGGCAUUAAACAACAAUCAAAUCUUGAUUCAAGUAAACACUGGUUUCGUGGAAUUGGUCCCUCGCAUUUAGAUAAAUUUGUACACUACCACAUUUGUAUGGUAGUAAUCAAAACAAUUAUGAAGGUCAUUUUCAUGGAUAUCUUGUUAACUUUGAAUAAGAGAUAAAUAUUAUAUUUGGUUUCACUUUAAUAUGGUUUAGGUGAUUUAAUGGAGUAAAAUUUAUGGCAAUGGAAGACAGUGUUAAAUUUUUUAUUUUGGAUGGCAUGGUCUCAAUUGUAAUGUCAUUAUAAGCUUUAAAGUUUUGUAAAUUUCUGUUCAGUUUUGUUUUAUUUCAAUUUCUUGCACCUUUACACAGUUGUAUGAAGAUAUGGUCCACUCACGUGAAUAACUUAUGAAAGGCUUUACUUUGAUUAGGAACCAUGAAUUGCCUCAUGUUACCUGUAUGAAUUUAUUGUAUAGUAUUUGAAAUCAAAGGUAUUCAUAUGAUUUAUGAGAAGAUCUUUCUUAACAUUGUUUCCAAGUGCUUCAGGGUUUGUGACAACACUGUAAGAAAACAUGUGUUUUUGUUACUUUGUUAUUUAACUUUACAAUCACCUUUGGCCUGUGCACUCUGUUCAUUUUGUUGAACUUGUGA